AUGGUGACCCUACCAGAAGAAAUCGCUUUUAUUUGGCGUCGUCCGAAAACCCUGUCGGCACUGUUAUUUCUGCUCAAUCGCUAUGCCGCUCUGCUUGGCAACAUCGCCGGCUUGGUUGUGGAUUUCCAGCCUAUAAUUUCAGAUGAGAGCUGUUCCAAAUAUACGCUAUACAGACAACUGGCCCUUUUCCUCCAAGGAAUGAUCGUUUGCGUCAUAAUGGCCAUUCGCGUUUAUGCUCUCUAUAGCUGUAGCAAGCGCCUGCUUACUUGGAUGAUAAUCGUCACGGCUGGUCUUGCGGGACUAGCUUGCGCGGGCACUAUUGGAAAAUUUUCAGGCAACGUGGAAGUCGUGCCAGGAAUUGGCUGCAAUGAAAAAUUAUCAACAGAGGUGUACGUCAUCCUCAUCGCUGUUCUGCGAUUGGGGUUGUCAUAUGUGGCCUCAUUUGUCUUCGAUUUAUUCAUCUUCAUCCUAACAGUGUACAGGAUUUGCAAAACCAGCAGCUUGCUGCGGUUAUCUCUAGUCACCAGGAGAAAUAUUAUUGACAUUAUGUUUCACGAUGGUAAAUCUUUUUUCGAGUGAAUCUGAUCUGCAUACCAUUAGAGUGAUGG